AUGAAGAUCAUCACCGUGGCUCUGGUGUGCCUGCUGCUGGCUGGGGCGUGGCUACAGGAUGUGGAUGCCAAGAGCAUGCUUGUGUCAUCCUCCAAUUGUUGUUUCACAUUGGUGGCGAGAAAGAUGUCCCUGCGGAGAAUCCAGUGUUACAAGAACACCAGCUCUACCUGCUCCUACAAAAACCAUCUAAUAUUGAAGCUGAACGGAGGCCAAGAGGCUUGUGUCUCACAGACAAAAUCGUGGGUUCGGGCUUAUUUAAAAAGGAUAAACCCCUGCCAGUGA